CGGGUCGGAUUGCGUCGAGGGUUUUGGUGCAAUCCCAAUUUGGAAGUUUUAUUCUAACUACCGGACUCGCUCAGAAACCCUAGCCCACCACGAUAACUUCUAUAUCUUCAGCUUGCGCAGAUAGAUAUAGAUAUACACAGGCGAUAUUGCAUACAUAUCUUAAGCUAGUCGAAGCUCAACGCGUUUAGGGUUUGAAAGUUUACAGUGAUGGAAGGGAUCGUAGAGGGAGUGAACAACAUAAACAUCAAUGAAGGCAAGGCCAAGAAUCGUAUUCAGGUCUCCAACACCAAGAAACCCCUUUUCUUUUAUGUCAAUCUCGCUAAGAGAUACAUGCAACAACACAAUGAAGUGGAGCUUUCGGCCCUUGGGAUGGCAAUUGCCACAGUUGUUAGUGUUGCAGAGAUUCUGAAAAAUAAUGGGUUUGCUGUCGAGAAGAAAAUCAUGACAUCUGCUGUAGAUAUGAAAGACGAAUCUAGGGGAAGACCUGUCCAAAAAGCCAAGAUUGAGAUUUUGCUGGGUAAGACGGAAAAAUUUGACGAGCUGAUGGCUGCUCAAGCGGAGGAGAGGGAGAGUAGAGAUACCGAUGGGCAGAGCUGAAGGAACUGUGGCAAAUAAUGAAAAAUAAUGCGUCAAGGUUAGUUCUGUAGUUAUGGUUUCUCUGAAUUUGUAAUCUCUAUAGCGGGAAUGAUGACAGUUUUUGUAGUAGCUCGCAGCCACUUAUUUUUCUUCCAGUGAUGCGUCUGUAGAGAUCUUUUUAGUUUUUGCCAGUUUGGAAUGUUGGAUUUUGUUUAUAUCCUCCGGUUCUUUGCAGUUUAUUUAUUUUGGAUUCAUAAAUUUAGUUGA